AUGCCGCCCGACACCAGCGGCAGGAUCUACUCGGCCACCUACAGCAAUGUCCCCGUCUACGAGUUCAAUGUCGCCGGCAACCAUGUCAUGCGCCGCCGCGCCGACGACUGGAUCAAUGCCACCCACAUCCUGAAGGUCGCCGACUUCGACAAGCCUGCCCGCACCCGCAUCCUUGAGCGCGAGGUCCAGAAGGGCGUGCACGAGAAGGUCCAGGGUGGAUACGGCAAAUACCAGGGAACCUGGAUUCCGCUUCACGACGGCCGCAACCUCGCCGAGCGCAACGGCAUCCUUGACAAGCUCGCCCCCAUUCUCGACUACGUCCCGGGCGACCGGAGUCCGCCGCCUGCCCCCAAGCAUGCUACCGCUGCGUCGUCAAGACCCAAGGCCGCGCGCGCCGCCGCAGCUCGACGAGCACCCGUCGCUUAUGCAGCCCCCAGCCAAGUGAGCGAAGACCUCUACGAGCGAGAGAGCCUCCAAUAUGCCGACGAGGAGACGCCCGACAAUGUCACAAUCGCCGAGUCCGAGAUGGAGGAGCACAAUCUAUUGCAUGGUGUUCACUACUCACAAGGAGGACGCAAGCGGAAGCGUGAUGUGGACCAACCGUCUGCGCAGGAUCGCGCGCACCAGAUCUGGGCGGAUGCUUUGUUAGACUACUUCAUGCUUCUGGAAUCAGAAGAUCGCUUUCCUGCUCCCCCAGAGCCGCCGCCAGGUGUCAAUCUGGACCGCAUGAUAGACGAAAAGGGGCACUCAGCCUUGCACUGGGCUGCUGCCAUGGGCGACGUGGACGUAGUGAAAGACCUCAUCCGCCGUGGGGCGCGCACCGAGUCCCUGUCUAACAACCUCGAGACACCCCUCAUGCGUGCAGUCAUGUUCACCAACAACUUCGACAAGAAGACGAUGCCUCAGAUGAUCAAGAUCCUGCAGCCAACCGUUGUGCGCACUGACUGGUUCGGCAGCACCGUCUUCCACCACAUUGCCGCCACCACAAGCAGCAAAAACAAAUACACCUGCGCCCGCUACUAUCUGGAUUGCAUCAUUAACAAGCUCAGCGAGACUUGGAAACCCGAGGAAGUCACGCGCCUACUUAACAAUCAGGACAAGAAUGGUGACACGGCGAUCAUGAUUGCAGCACGACACGGCGCGCGGAAAUGUGUUCGCGCUCUACUCGGUCGUAGUGUUGCGGUCGACAUUCCAAACCACCUGGGCGAGACCGCUGACGAUCUAAUCCGCGAACUAAACGCUCGCCGUCGCGAUGGACGACAUCGCGGCAUGUCUUCAUCCCCCUUUGCGCCGGACGGAAGACUUGGCCUCAAUGGCAGCACAACCUUCCCUGGCUUGCACAACGGAAGCAACCUCCAACAAAUCGCAUCACCACACCAGUUCCGCAGUCAGACCGCACAGACUUUGAUGACUAAAAUCGCGCCGACGUUGAACGAAAAGUUUGAACAAUUAGCCGGUGCGUACGAAGAAGAGCUUGUAGAAAAGGACGCCGAAGCAGCAGAUGCGGAGCGAGUAAUGCGGAAACGGCAAGCCGAAGUUGAUGCACUGAAGAGACAGCUGAGGGACAUGGGCAUCGCCGAGGUCGACAGCGUGAUCGGAGACACUUUGGACGAUCCGGUAUGGGAAGAGGAUGCAAGACUGCAAGAGGAAGAGAUGGAGGCUCUCACACGGGAAGCGGAGGCGCUCAUGGAACUGGAACAGCAGGCCGAGCUGCAACAGCGCAUAGGAGACGCAGAAGCCAACGCCGAGCCGCAACAAGACGGCAACGCCGGGAGCGAAGCCGCCAUCCGAGAAAGACUGCGGCUGGCGCUCAGCCUCAGCAAUGCCCAAAAGAUACGCCGGGGCCUGGUAAACGAGGUUGUGCAGAACCUGAGCGUUGCAGGCAUGGGUGAGCGGCAGACCGAGUAUAAACGGCUCAUCAUGGGAGCAUUGGGCAUCAGAGAAGAGGAUGUCGAGGGAAUGCUUCCAGAAAUAUUGAGCGAGCUGGAAGAGGCGCGGGAGCGGGAGGUGCUGGAAGCCAGCCCGGAGUAG